UUCAUAAAUACCCGCCGCCAUCGAUCCCCUCUCCUCCCAUCUCAAUCUCGAUCUCGAUCUCCUUCUCCGUCUUGAUCUCGAUUUCGAUCUCCAUUGUCCCAGAGAACCUCUUCAAUGGCCGACAUCACCCUCGGCGGCAGCGCCUCCCGCUACAGCCACACCCACAAGGCUUUCCUCUUCUGCAACUACACCCUCCUCGGCGCCGCCACCAGCUGUGUCUUCCUCACCCUCUCCCUCCGCCUCCUCCCCUCCCCCUGCGGACUCCUCCUCAUCGCCCUCCACGCCCUCACCGCCGUCGCCGCCGCCUCCGCCUGCGCCACCACCCCGGCCUCCACUCCCCGUUGGCACGCCGCCCACCUUGUCUCCACCGUCCUCGCCGCCAUCUUCCAAGGCGCCGUCUCCCUCCUCGCUUUCACCCGCACCUCCGACUUUCUCGCCGAGCUCAACUCCUACGUCCGCGAGGAGGACGGCGAGGUCAUCCUCAAGAUGGUCGGCGGCCUCGGCCUCGCCGUCUUCUGCCUCGAGUGGGUGGCGCUCGCGGUCGCCUUUGUGCUGCGCUACCGCGCCUACGUGGAGGGAGGCGACGCACGGAGCAGCUCCAGGGUGGGCACCACCGAAGAGGAGCUCAAAGACUGGCCAUGGCCGUUCCAAGUAUAAUUACUCGUAUUGUGUUGUGGCACGAAGAUUUAGUGGCAAAUUUGCUGAUUUGUUGUUGGACUAUUCAAUUGAAUUUUAAAGUAUUUGCUUAUAAUAAAUUAAGUGAAUUAUUAACAAAAAAAAUAAAUAAAUUGGAAAAGGGUUUAUUUUUUACUUGUUAAAA